GUACAAGCGCGGAUGUAUGCUGACAGACUUCGGGUUUCGGUUUGGCUGAUCAACAUCAAUAAGACAAAUGCACCCUGAUUUGAGUAGAUGACAGAAUAUGGAAAUAAAGUUGAAUCCACUUCAGACUUAUACCAUUUUCAAUAUGGUUCUGUCUUUAUUAGGUGUGACUGGAUUAUCUGUGGUGGUCAGUCCCUCUCCUACAGCUGAGGUCGUGUCCGGUCAGGACCUCAGUAUCACGUGUCAGUGGUCAGCUGACUACACAGGACAAUAUGCUGUUGUUAACUAUAGACUGAAUGAUGGUGGAGGUGCAAUAGGCACAACGUAUAUAAACAGUGGGACAUCAUGUCCAUCAACACCACCCUACACAUUUACCUGUAACAGAGACACGAGGACACUGGGGAUACAGAUUCCCGCCAACAGUUACAGUCACGGGGACAGAUGGACGUGUGAGGGGAGAAAUAACAACUUUGACAAUACAAUACCACCACAGACAGACACGACCACAGUGGACGUUAGAG